AUGGUUACAUUGUUUGAUGGCGACGAGGUGGAACCAGCGACAUCAGUCAGAGUAAAAGCGGCAUUCCGGCUUGGAAAACCCCGCCAGGAUAAUUCUCCACGACCACUGAAAGUGGAUCUUCGAGCAGAAAGCGAGGCCAAAGCGAUACUCCAGCAGAACCACAAGCUGAAGGGAACUCCGGUGCGAUUCCUCAGGGAUCUUGACCCCGACCAGCGCAGCAAAUUGAAAAUUGCAUUAGAAGAACUCAGGGAGAGCCGUACAGAAGGGGAAACUGAUCUGCGUAUACGGGAUUUUCGUGUGCAUCGGAAGCGUCCUUAG